UAGUGGACAUCCCUAGCUACCAUCGUGUACUGUGGAGGAUUGCGCUACCAAAUUCCGGUUCUACCGGGCUACACCGUAUCAUCUUCCAAAAAAACAAAGACAGAAGAACGUCUCCCUCCCCCCAUCUCCUUCCCCUCUUCCCCUCAUUCCAUACGCAAGAGAGAGAGAGAGAGAGGAAUGUCGACAGAAGACGAAAAAUUGCUAAAGGAAGCGAAGAAGCUGCCGUGGGAAGAGAGGCUCCUUCACAAGAACUGGAAGGUCCGCAACGAUGCCAACAUCGACCUUGCCGCUCUCUGCGAAUCCAUCUCCGAUCCAAAGGAUCCCCGCUUCCGUGACUUCGGUCCCCUAUUCAGAAAGACAGUUGCCGAUUCCAAUGCUCCUGUCCAGGAGAAGGCCCUCGAUGCCCUAAUUGCCUUCUUACGUACUGCGGAUGCCGAUGCCGGCAGGUAUGCGAAGGAGGUAUGUGAUGCGAUUGUUGCCAAAUGCCUUACUGGUCGUCCCAAGACAGUGGAGAAGGCCCAGGCUGCAUUUAUGCUUUGGGUCGAGUUGGAGGCAGCCGACGUUUUCUUGGAAGCUAUGGAGAAAGCAAUAAAAAACAAAGUCGCAAAAGCAGUUGUCCCAGCCAUUGAUGUCAUGUUUCAAGCCCUCAGUGAAUUUGGUGCAAAGGUUGUUCCCCCCAAAAAAAUUCUCAGAAUGCUCCCAGAACUUUUUGACCACCAAGACCAAAACGUCCGUGCAUCGUCCAAAGGGCUGACACUUGAACUUUGUCGUUGGAUUGGGAAAGAUCCAGUAAAAUCAAUUUUGUUUGAAAAAAUGCGGGAUACUAUGAAAAAAGAGCUUGAGGCAGAACUCGUUAAUGUCACUGGGAUUGCUAGGCCAUCACGGAAAAUUAGAUCUGAGCAAGACAAGGAGCCAGAGCAGGAACCUGUGUCUGAAGUCGUUGGCCCUGGCCCUUCUGAAGAAUCUGCAGUUGAUGUUCCACAGGAAAUAGAUGAGUAUGAACUAGUUGAUCCUGUUGAUAUUUUGACUCCUUUGGAUAAGUCAGGCUUUUGGGACGGAGUGAAAGCGACAAAAUGGUCAGAAAGGAGGGAUGCUGUUGCAGAGCUAACUAAGCUUUCUUCCACAAAAAGAAUUGCUCCUGGUGAUUUCACUGAAGUCUGUCGUACCCUGAAGAAGCUUAUUACGGAUGUAAACAUCGCUGUAGCUGGAGAAGCCAUUCAAGCAAUUGGGAAUUUGGCUAGGGGUUUAAGGAACCAUUUUUCAGGGAGCUCUCGCUUUCUGUUACCAGUAUUACUUGAAAAAUUGAAAGAAAAAAAACCAGUCCUGGCAGAGUCUCUUACUCAGACACUCCAAGCAAUGCAUAAGUCUGGGUGUUUAACCCUUGCUGAUGUUAUUGAAGAUGUUAGAGGGGCAGUGAAAAAUAAAGUUCCACUUGUGCGUUCACUGACCUUAAACUGGGUCACAUUUUGUAUCGAGACAAGUAACCGAGCAGUUGUUCUCAAGUUGCAUAAGGAUUAUGUCCCUGUCUGUAUGGAGUGCCUGAAUGAUGGCACCCCUGAGGUGAGAGAUGCUGCAUUUUCUGCUUUGGCAGCAAUAGCCAAGUUGGUUGGCAUGAAACCUUUAGAAAAGUCACUAGAGAAACUUGACGAGGUCAGGAAAAAGAAGCUUUCAGAAAUGAUUGGAAGUUCAGGAGGUGGCCUUCUUCCUAAUACUGGAUCAGGUGCAGUUUCUACUUCAAAUGGGAGCAUGUCAUGUCCAGAGGCUGCAGAGAGCACAUUUGUGAGGAAAUCGGCAGCAAGCAUGCUUAGUGGAAAGAAGCCUCAGCCAACAUCGGUCUCUAAAAAAAGUGGGUCGGUGAAACCCAGUGUUGGAAAGAAGGUUGAUGGAGUUGGACAGCCAAAAACUUUGGGAGUUGCUGAAUCUGAAGAUAUUGAGCCUGGAGAUAUGAGUCUUGAAGAGAUCGAAGGAAGAUUAGGUUCUCUGCUUCAAGCUGAUACGAUUUCCCAAUUAAAGAGUGGUGUUUGGAAGGAGCGACUUGAAGCAAUUAUCUCGUUAAAACAGGCAGUAGAAGGUCUUGACAACCUUGACCAGUCUGCAGAAAUCUUGAUUCGUUUUCUCUGUGCUGUUCCUGGAUGGGGUGAGAAAAAUGUUCAGGUUCAACAACAGGUUAUAGAGAUCAUUACUCAUAUAGCUUCUACAGUCCAAAAGUUCCCAAAAAGAUGUGUGGUGCUCUGCAUUCUAGGUAUAAGUGAACGGGUAGCAGAUAUAAAGUCACGUGCUCACGCAAUGAAGUGUCUUACCACUUUCUCUGAAGCAGUGGGUCCAGGAUUUGUUUUUGAGAGACUUUUCAAGAUUACGAAGGAGCACAAGAAUCCUAAAGUUCUUAGUGAGGGAAUUUCUUGGAUGGUCUCUGCUGUUGAAGAUUUUGGUGUAUCACAUUUGAAGUUGAAGGAUUUAAUUGAUUUCUGUAAAGACACGGGCUUACAGUCCAGCGCUGCUGCCACUAGAAACUCAACUAUCAAACUUAUUGGUGCCCUACAUAAGUUUGUUGGUCCAGAUAUUAAAGGGUUUCUUGCUGAUGUGAAGCCUGCACUACUCAGUGCACUGGAUGCAGAAUAUGAGAAAAACCCCUUCGAGGGUGUGGCUGCUGCUCCGAAGAAAAAUAUAAAGGCCUCGGAUCCCAGUUUAUCUGCAUCUGCUGCUGGAUUAGAUGGCCUGCCUCGUGAAGAUAUUAGUGGGAAGAUCACAGCCACUUUGCUAAAGAACCUGGCAAGCCCUGACUGGAAGAUCCGCUUGGAGUCUAUUGAGGCAGUCAAUAAAAUUUUGGAAGAAGCCAAUAAACGCGUCCAGCCAACGGGCACUGGUGAGUUAUUUGGAGCUCUUAGAGGCCGCCUAUGUGAUAGCAAUAAAAAUUUAGUGAUGGCAACCUUAGCUACUAUUGGUGGUAUUGCAUCUGCGAUGGGCCCUGUGGUUGAGAAGUCAAGCAAGGGAAUUCUGUCAGAUGUUCUGAAAUGUCUUGGAGACAACAAAAAGCACAUGAGGGAAUGCACUUUGAAUGCGUUAGAUUCUUGGGUUGCAGCGGUUCAGCUUGAUAAGAUGGUUCCAUACAUUACAGCUGCUUUGGCUGAUGCCAAGCUUGGUGCGGAGGGGCGGAAGGACCUUUUUGAUUGGUUAUCAAAGCACCUUUCUAGUAUAAGUGAUUCAUCCGAUGCAUUGCAUCUGUUGAAGCCAACUGCUUCAGCUCUAACGGACAAAUCUUCAGAGGUUCGAAAAGCAGCGGAAACUUCUCUUGGUGAAAUUUUGAGAGUUUGUGGACAAGAAGCAGUAACCAAGAAUUUAAAGGAUUUACGAGGACCGGCUUUGGUGCUAGUUCUGGACCGGCUAAAGCCUGAUUUGGCACUUCAAGAAACUGUCGAGUCCACAAAAAUGAUCUCUACUGGUCUGACCUCCAAAACCAACUCAAAAGUUGGAAAACCAGGAUCAAAUGAUGGUGAUCGGAUAUCAAAGCAUGGCAGCAGAGCUAUUCCUUCGAGAGGUAUGCAGACAAAGGUCAGUAAGCUGGGCUCUGUCAUGUCUGUUCAAGAUAUUGCUGUCCAAUCACAGGCUUUAUUCAACAUCAAGGACUCAAACAAGGAAGAUAGGGAGAGGAUGGUUGUACGAAGGCAUAAAUUUGAGGAGCCACGGCUGGAGCAGAUCCAAGAUCUUGAGGGUGAUGUAAUGAGGUAUUUCAGAGAAGACCUACAUAGGCGACUCCUCAGCACAGAUUUCAAGAAACAAAUAGAUGGGCUUGAAUUGUUACAGAAGGCUCUACCAUCGAGUGGAAAGGAAAUAAUCGAGCUUGUUGAUAUACUUUUAAGGUGGUUUGUUUUGCGGUUUUGUGAAUCGAACACAACAUGCUUGCUAAAGGUGCUGGAGUUUCUUCCUGAGCUUAUUGAUACUUUGAAGGAUGAGGGUUAUACUCUGACUGAGUCAGAAGCGUUCAUAUUUCUUCCUUGUUUGGUAGAGAAGUCUGGACAUAACAUUGAAAAAGUGCGAGAGAAAAUGCGUGAACUGACAAAGCAAGUUGUUCGCAUAUAUUCAGCAUCAAAGCUUCUUCCUUAUAUUUUGGAGGGAUUGCGCUCAAAAAAUAACAGGACUAGAAUAGAGUGUGUUGAUCUCAUUGGCUUCUUAAUUGAUCACCAUGGACCUGAGAUUGGUGGGCAGUUAAAGUCUUUGCAACAUGUUGCUGCAUUGACUUCGGAAAGAGAUGGUGAAAUUAGGAAAGCUGCUCUAAACACGUUGACUACUGCUUAUAAGAACCUUGGCGAAGAUGUAUGGAAAUAUGUGGGGAAGUUAUCUGAUGCUCAAAAAAGUAUGCUGGAUGAUAGGUUCAAGUGGAAGGCCCGAGAGAUGGACAAGAGGAAGGAAGGAAAACCUGGGGAAGCCAGAGCAGCUUUACGGCGCUCUGUUAGAGACAAUGGAUUAGAUGUUGCAGAACAAAGUGGAGAAGUUAUAUCACGGUCCUUGCCUGGACCUGUCUUGACAAGGGAAAGCAGUGGGCAUUUUGAGUCUCAUAUUGAUAGGCAUCUCUUAAACCGGCCACCAGUUGUUGCAAAUGGCCCUGCAGACUGGAGUGAAGCUUUGGAUGUUAUUUCCUUGGGUUCUCCUGAGCAGUCAGUUGAAGGCAUGAAAGUUGUUUGUCAUGAGCUGACCACUACUGAUCCUGAGAGCAGUGCGAUGGAUGAUCUUGUCAAGGAUGCAGAUAGGCUAGUUGCAUGUCUUGCAAGCAAGGUGGCCAAUACCUUCGACUUCUGUCUUGCUGGAGCUUCUUCAAGGUCAUGUAAAUAUGUUCUGAACACACUCAUGCAGACAUUUCAAAUCAAAAGGCUUGCUCAUUCGGUAAAAGAGAGUACCCUUGACACCCUCAUCACCGAGCUUCUGCUUUGGCUUCUUGAUGAAAGGGUUCAGCAGAUGGAUGAUGGCAGCCAACUUUUGAAAGCACUUAAUGUUUUAAUGCUCAAGAUUCUGGAUAAUGCUGAACGCACAUCAUCAUUUGUUGUUCUGAUCAAUCUCUUGCGGCCAUUAGACCCUUCAAGAUGGCCAUCACCAGCUUCAGUUGAGAACUUUUCAACCAGGAAUCAGAAGUUCUCAGAUCUAGUUGUCAAAUGCCUUAUCAAACUGACAAAGGUUCUUCAGAGUACAGUAUUUGAUGUGGAUCUUGACCGUAUUCUUCAAAGCAUUCACGUGUAUCUACAAGAAUUAGGGAUGGAUGAAAUUCGGAGAAGAGCUGGAGCUGAUGACAAACCAUUGAGAAUGGUUAAAACUGUUCUACAUGAACUUGUUAAGCUUCGCGGGACAGCAAUAAAGGGCCAUCUCUCCAUGGUUCCUAUAGAUACAGAACCUCAACCCAUUAUACUUGCCUACAUCGACCUUAAUCUGCAGACUCUUGCAGCAGCUAGAAUGUUGACCCCGUCUGGCCCAGUUGGCCAAACUCACUGGGGUGAUUCUGCUUCCAAUAGUCCAUCGCCUGCAACACAUUCUGCAGAUGCACAGCUGAAGCAAGAACUUGCUGCGGUGUUCAAGAAAAUCGGUGACAAGCAGACUUGCUCCAUUGGUCUAUAUGAACUCUAUCGGAUCACCCAAUUAUACCCAAAGAUUGAUAUAUCUGCUCAGCUUCAGAAUGCAAGUGAGGCAUUUCGCACAUAUAUAAGAGAUGGGCUAGCACAGAUGGAGAAAAAUGUGGCUGCUGGCAAGGCACCUUCAAGCCUGCCGAUGUCAACCCCUCCCCCUGUUGCUCUUGCACUUUCUUCUCCGAAACUCUCCCCUGUACAUACAAAAUCAUCAUUAAAUUCAAAGCCCGAGCUUGGAAAAUCAAAUGUGCCAUCAUCAUUUCCUGAUGAUAACGACGUAGGUGUAGUCUCUCUAAGAAGCAUCAGUAAUCAGUCGGAUAUGAGGCAACACUCCGUGGAGGAUUGGAAUGAUAGAUAUUCAUCUGGAGCUACUGCAGUGACUGCGGGGACAUUGGACGCAAUCCGGGAGCGAAUGAAAAGCAUUCAGGCUGCAGCAGCUGCAGGAAACACAGAGAGCGGAAACCGGCCAUUAACAUCCGUGAAUGGUAACAUAAUGCACGGACUGCAUAGUCAGCUACCCCAUGGAUUGGAUCAUGCUGAUGAUGAAGUUGCAGCACAGACAGGUGUUCUUCCCAUGGAUGAGAAGGCACUUUCAGGUCUUCAAGCCCGAAUGGAGAGGCUUAAAAGUGGGUCCAUUGAACCCCUGUAGAGUGACUUGUUUAUGCCCAGCUUUCACAUGGUACUAUUGUACAAUUGAAAGAGCAAGAUUACAGUAGCCAAAGUUGAACAUAGAGAUUUGGGUUCUCACCCAUCUUGUGGGUGGGUGUGGUUGCCGUAUUCGGCUUUCAAUCACUCUUUUUGUUUGCUAAUGAAGUUGAUUUGUAUUAUUUAUGGGCAAUGGCAUUCCCAAUUUCUGAGUU